AUGAAAAUAAUUCAUGUUUUGUCAGCGGCUUUCUUGGUUCUUAUGCAAGGGCGAGGAAUCCUCUCCUUAACAUCUAUUGCUCAAACUAUUUUUCCAGAACCAACGAAAACGAUUCCAGGACCUGAAAAAAAUUUUACCGGAACAAGACUGAAAAACGAUUCAAUAUUAGCCAUUUAUUAUCACGAACAAACUAUUGCCGUUGUUGAAGUGUCAGAAAAAAGAGAACUUUUUAAUUGUGAGCUUUUGGAAGUUAGAACAAAAAAAGAUGAAGAAGUUGCUCUUAGCGAUCUCCGUCAAUAUAUUCCAUUACAAAUAAAAAUAAAUUUUACGGAUAUGAUAGAAUUGAUGGAACAAUGUCAAAAAUUAGAAUCACCACCAAUAUUUGAUAAUUAUAAAUUUAUUACAGAAGAAAGAUCUCAAAAAUUAAUAUUUGAAAGAAGACAAUUUUCAUCUUUACUAAGUGGAGUAUUUCCAGGUACGAAAUGGUGCGGAUCCGGUGAUUUGGCUAAUACCUAUUAUGAUUUAGGAACUGAUAAAAAAUUAGAUAAAUGUUGUAGAAGUCAUGAUUUUUGUCCAGUUAAAGUGUUGGGAUUGAAAACUCAACAUAAUUUGACAAAUUAUUCUUUAUACACAAAAUCUCAUUGCGAAUGCGAAGAUGUUUUUUAUAAAUGUUUAAAAACCGUCAAUUCGCAUUCAUCGAAUCUUAUUGGAAAUCUAUAUUUUAACGUAGGCAAUUUCUUGUGCAUCAUUGACGUAGAACCAACUUUUUAUCCUAAAGUCACUAAAAAAUUUUCAUACCGGAAAAAACAAUUUCUAACCCAAAAGCAGUUACCAGAGGUAAAGGAUGGUUUAAAAGAUUUCCAACCAAUCCUAUGCAUUCUUUUUUCAAAACGUUUAUGUUUGAUUGAAGUAAAAGGUUUAAACAUUCUUUGA